CCCGGCAUGGAGGAGCGCGGCGGCUCGGAGCCCACCCCCGGCUGCAGCGGGCUGGGCCCGGGCGGCGGCGGCGGCGGCGGUGGCGCCCCCUCCUGGGCCCCCGAGGACGCCUGGAUGGGCACCCACCCAAAGUAUUUAGAAAUGAUGGAAUUAGAUAUAGGAGAUGCCAGCCAAGUUUAUAUAGCAUUCUUGGUUUACCUGGACCUCAUGGAGAGUAAAAGUUGGCAUGAAGUAAAUUGUGUUGGAUUACCAGAUCUUCAGCUCAUCUGCCUUGUCGGUACUGAGAUAGAAGGAGAAGGAUUACAGACUGUGGUGCCUACAUCCAUCAGUGCUUCCCUCAGCCAUAACAGGAUAAGGGAGAUCUUGAAGGCAUCUCGAAAAUUGCAAGGUGACCCAGAUUUGCCAGUGUCUUUUACCCUGGCCAUAGUGGAGUCCGAUUCCACAAUAGUCUAUUACAAACUUACUGACGGAUUUAUGCUGCCAGACCCUCAGAAUAUUUCCCUUAGAAGAUGACACCUGUGCUUCCUGAUGCUUACUUUGGGAUUGGAUUUGAGAUCCAUCAGCCUGGUUCAUCUUUUAUCUCAGAGAUAGUUAGGGUUGACUUAGCAGGUCCCAUUCCAUAAGUUUUUCUUCUUGAAAAAUGAAACUUUCGCAGAUAGAAGAAUUUUUUUAUUCAUAAGUAUAGGGUAGUUGCUCUAGAACUUUCUUAUCUGGAGACAGUUUAAUUAUAGUUCUAUAUAAAUUGAUGCUUAGGAUAUGUUCAGAGGGGUGGAACAUAUGUGUUUCUUCUGUCAUUCCCCCACUCAUAGCUGCCUCAUUGUUCAUUGCUGCCACUGCUAACACAUUGUUGAGACUGUCACCUUUCUCUAAUUCAACCCUCUCAGUGCCUUUUGGCCACUACAGCUAGUCUGCAGUGGCAUUUCAUGGACACCUGGACACCUGGAGAGUUUGCUCAGUCUGCUUUUAAAUCCCCAAUAGAAAGUAAGUUUUCUUUCCAUUGGUUUUUAUGUGGGAUUUACUGUUGAUUUUAAAUCAAAAGUAAAAAUAUGCUCAUCCAGAGUGUAAAAUUACAUACAUGUCUAUACAGGGACCAGAGAAGUGCUACCUAUUAGUUACUUCCUACCUAAGUAAAGGAGAUACUUGACAUUCCUUUCCAUUCUUAUUACCACCACCCUUAUUUUUUCAAGUUAGAAUAUUGCCAGAGAGAUAGUGAGGAUGGUGUCAGGCUUAAAAAGUCUUUAUUAAGUAGACCUAGUUAGUUAGCCCACUUUUGUUAAUGCCUCUCAAUUAUGUUGCCUAAAGUAUAAAAAAUUAUAUGCACAAAGAUAUUCCAAGUGGCAUUAGUUGUAAUGCCACCUAAUUAGGUAGGGGUCAGCAAACUUUUUCUGUAGGGCAGAAAGGAAAUAUUUUAGCCUUUGCAAACUAUAUAGUCUCUCUUAAAACUUCUCAAAUGUGCUGUUUAUAGUACAAAAAUAACCAGAGAUAAUAUGUAAAUAACUGGGCAUGACUGUGUUCUAAUAAAACUUUAUUUACAAAUCCAGGGCCAUAGUUUGCCAACCCCUGGCAUAAGGAAGUAAUUAAUAAACAGAUACAGAUAGCCAAGGAAUGAUACAUAAUGUACUCAUUAAAAAUUAGUAAUGAAUAAAUGAAAAACAUGAGAAAACAUUUAAUUAAAAAAGCAAAAUAUGAAAAUGUAUGAAUGGGAAGAUCAUGGCUACAAAUAACAUACCAAGCAUAUAAUAAAAUGCUGACAAAAUAAAUUACUGUUCUUAUAAUAGGGUGACAGAGCAAUAAAUUGAUGACUUUGUCUUCAGUAUUAAACUUUUUCCUUAUUUGUAUUUCUUUUAUAAUGUUUUAAAAUAAAAAAGUAUCUCAACAUC